ACAGAGAUGACCGCAGGUGACAGACGAGCGCUGAGCGCAAACCUGCGCAGUUUUAAGAGCGCGCGCACAGUCACGAGCCACUUUAAUACCUUCGGUAUGAAACACACGAGCGACUGUAUUAAUAUGUAAGGAAAACUAUAAACUUAAGUCGGUACAAUGAACAAUAAACUCAACGCGUUUAAUAACUUCUCCCAACUGAUCUCAAAGUCGUCUGAGAAUGGGAAAGAACAGGUUUGCAUGGAAGCCUGUGGAUCUCCGUGUCACUGUGGACCGGAUCCUUGCGUUUGUCCUAAAGAUGGAUUCGACGGAUCUAAGGGGAACGGAGGUCCGCGUGAGGCCUGCAUCGCACAAAAACAUGCUUUCGAUAAUCUUGCUUAUGAACAAGGGAGUCCCAAUGAAUUAAAGCCCAGUUUGUCUGUGGUCGAGGAGAGUGAAGUGAAGAUUAAGGUUGAGGGAAUGACCUGUCUAUCAUGUGUCCGAUCUAUUGAAGAACUGAUUGGAAGUCUUAGAGGAGUUUUAGAAGUGCAGGUGUCUUUAAGUGAUAAAGAAGUCUCUGUGAGGUUUAAUCCUGCGGCGGUGACACCUGAGAUUUUAAGAGAACACAUAGAGGACAUGGGGUUUGAUGCCUCCAUUCAACUACGACCUCCAGGAACCUGUGCCUCUCACGCGUCCGACUGGUCCGAGGUGACGUUGGGAGUUGAAGGCAUGCAUUGCGGCUCAUGUGUUAAGAACAUAACAUCAACUCUGUCAGGAGUGUUUGGGGUUAAUUCUGCAUGCGUGUCAUUGGAAAAAGGAAGCGUUGACCUUCGAUUCGACCCGUCUCUGCUGACCCUGGAGACUGUUAAAGGAUUAUUAGAGGAAAUACCACCCGGGAACUUUAGGGUUUCCAUCCCUGGUUGGAACUCUGGACAUAAUUCCUCGGUCAGUAUUGGAAUAGAGGGAAUGACGUGCAGCUCUUGUGUUCAGACCAUUGAGGGAAUGAUGUCUAAGAGAGCCGGGGUUCGUUCUAUUAUCGUUUACUUACAGGAAAAGAAGGGAAUUAUAACCUACGACUCCAGUGUCACCCAUUCAGAAGAUCUGCGGGAAGCGAUUGAGGACAUGGGAUUUGAAGCCUGCUUAGAACAAGAUCCAUCGAUCUGUCAGACGUCCAGUGGUGCGAAGCAGCUGAAUCUACAAACCUGUGUCCAGACGGCCAAAUCUCCACACUCGACCAUCACAGAUAACCCAAACGGCUCUGAAGAGAGACAGACACACAAAUGUUGUGUUCAGGUGACCGGCAUGACCUGUGCGUCCUGUGUGGCCACCAUUGAGAGAAACCUGCUGAAACAUAAAGGUAUUAGAUCAGUGUUGGUGGCUCUUAUGGCUGGUAAAGCCGAGGUGAAGUACGAUCCCGCACUUCUGGAUCCGUCACGGGUCGUUCAGCUCAUCUCUGAUCUGGGUUUCGGAGCGUCUGUGAUGGAGGAGAACACAGUGCAGGAUGGGAUCUUGGAUCUCUCUCUUGUUUCAGUCUCGACAUGGAUAUUUCGUCAGGUCACCGGUAUGACAUGUGCUUCCUGUGUCCAUAACAUCCAAAGCAAACUUUUGAGGACUGAGGGGAUUCUGGAAGCCUCCGUUGCCCUGGCAACAAACAAGGCUCAUGUGAAGUUUGACCCGGAUUUGAUAGGCUCUCGAGAUAUCGUCAGAAUCAUUGAGGGUUUGGGUUUCGGAGUGUCUUUGAUAAAGAAUGAGGGAUUAUGGAAGAACAACAUGUUGGACCACCAAGAGGAGAUUCGACAAUGGAAGCACUCGUUUCUCUUCAGUCUGGUGUUUGGGAUUCCUGUGAUGGGUUUGAUGAUUUAUAUGAUGGUGAUGGACAGUCAGCACAAGGAACACGGUGGCUCUAUGCCCGCGGAUCAAAACAUCUUACCUGGUCUCUCCAUCAUGAACCUGGCGUUCUUUCUGCUCUGCACACCUGUUCAGUUUCUAGGUGGUCGCUACUUCUACAUACAAGCUUAUCGUUCGCUCAGACACGGUGUUGCCAACAUGGACGUGUUGAUUGUUUUGGCGACCACCGUUGCAUACGUGUACUCUUGUGUGGUGCUGCUCGUGGCCAUGAUCGAAGGAGCCAAACAGAGCCCGCUCACAUUUUUUGACACGCCUCCCAUGCUGUUUGUAUUCAUUGCUCUGGGACGCUGGCUGGAGCAUGUGGCCAAGAGUAAAACUUCAGAGGCUUUGGCAAAACUCAUGUCUCUCCAAGCUACAGAUGCCACUAUCGUGUCCCUGGGCCCUGACAACACUAUUAUCAGAGAGGAGCAGGUGUCUGUGGAUCUGGUACAGAGGGGUGAUGUGGUGAAAGUAGCUCCAGGAGGAAAGUUUCCUGUGGAUGGGAAGGUCAUCGAGGGCACGUCUAUGGCAGACGAGUCUCUUAUCACGGGUGAGCCAAUGCCUGUGAUUAAGAGAGCGGGGAGCUACGUGAUCGCCGGCUCUAUUAAUGCUCACGGAGCUCUGCUGGUGAAGGCCAGACAUGUGGGGUCAGAGACCACCCUCAGCCAGAUAGUUAAACUAGUGGAAGAGGCUCAGACAUCAAAGGCACCGAUUCAACAGUUAGCUGAUAAACUGAGUGGCUAUUUCGUCCCCUUCAUAGUCGUCACCUCAGUGCUCACGCUGGUGGCGUGGCUCAUUAUUGGCUUUGUGGACUUUAACAUAGUUGCACAAUAUUUUCCUGGUUACGACCCAAACAUCUCCAGGACAGACGUGAUCAUCCGCUUCGCCUUUCAAGCCUCCAUCACGGUUCUGUCUAUCGCGUGUCCGUGUUCUCUGGGUCUGGCCACACCCACCGCUGUUAUGGUGGGCACUGGAGUGGGCGCUCAGAAUGGCAUUCUUAUAAAGGGAGGAGAACCUCUGGAGAUGGCCCACAAGGUCCAGGCUGUUAUGUUUGAUAAGACGGGCACCAUCACUAAUGGAGUGCCUCAGGUGACCCGAGUGCUGGUGCUGUGGGACCGAGCAAAGCUUCCUCUCCGGAAGGUUCUGGCUGUGGUGGGCACGGCUGAGGCGAGCAGUGAGCACCCGCUGGGCACGGCUGUCGCCAGGCAUUGCAAAGAGGAGUUGGGUUCAGAAACUCUGGGGUACUGUUAUGACUUCCAGGCCGUUCCCGGCUGUGGAAUCAGCUGUAAAGUUUCUAACAUAGAGAAUCUGCUGCAGAACAACCCAGAAACACACGAGACCGACGGAUCGAAACGCACAUCAGCAUCAAUCCUCACCCUCCAUGGAGCCACCACAGAUGAGAGUAGUCUGCUGGUGGAGACAGACACAGGGUCAGACUGUCCUUCAUACUCUGUGUUGAUCGGGAACAGAAGUUGGAUGAAGAGAAACGGUUUGGAGGUCACAGCCGAUGUGGAUGAUGCUAUGAGCAGCCAUGAAACCAAAGGACAGACGGCCAUACUGGUGGCUAUUGAUGGGGUUCUGUGUGCUAUGUUAGCUAUAGCAGAUACGGUGAAGACGGAGUCGGCAUUGGCCGUUCGUACCCUGAGCAGUAUGGGUAUAGAAGUGUUUAUGAUCACAGGAGACAACAGACGCACAGCCCGGGCCAUCGCCACACAGGUGGGCAUCAGGACGGUGUUUGCGGAGGUCUUGCCAUCACAUAAAGUGGCGAAGGUUCAGGAAUUGCAGGAAAGAGGUCUGAAGGUGGCAAUGGUUGGCGACGGGGUGAACGACUCGCCCGCUCUCGCUCAAGCAGAUCUGGGCAUUGCCAUCGGAACAGGCACCGAUGUUGCUAUAGAAGCUGCAGAUAUCGUUCUUAUACGAAAUGAUCUGCUGGACGUCGUGGCCAGCAUCGAGCUGUCUAAAAAGACAGUGAGGAGGAUCAGGAUUAACUUUGUGUUUGCUCUAAUUUAUAACUUGCUCGGCAUUCCUAUCGCAGCAGGUGUGUUUAUGCCGGUUGGUCUGGUGCUGCAGCCCUGGAUGGGUUCUGCUGCGAUGGCAGCGUCAUCUGUCUCUGUGGUCCUGUCUUCUUUACUCCUGAGGCUCUACAAGAAGACAUCAGUAGAUGAGUAUGAGGGGAGAGCUCAGGGUCAUAAGCUGAGUCUGAGUCCGUCUCAGGUCAGCACACACGUGGGAAUGGAAACCCAUCGCUGCAGCCCUCGUUCAUUUCACAGAGGACGGGACAGAAAGAGGUGGAGACUUUCCAGUUCAGACUCCUCCUCUUUUAACUCAAACUCCUCCCACACAUCUCCAGCACAAGCGUGCCUCACCGCCCACUACUCUCGACUGGAUUCUCAUGUGUCUGAGCGCAACUUCAUCGUGUAACUGAACAUAAAUGUAUUGCUGAAAUACAAACAAUGACAUUUCAUUUUAAAUGAUGUCUAGAUUCUUUUUUCGUCUCAUGCAUCCCCACAGUCCUUUUAGCAAGGUUUAUUUUUCCCUUUUAAUUAAGUUAAGUUGACAUCUUAUAUUCCUGGUCCUCGCCUCUCUGGGGCAGCUGCAGGAAAUUAUAGAUCAAUAUUAUGUGUCAGUGAAAACAAACCGGUGGAAAUGUAUUGCACUUACUGCCAUAGCUUUUAAAAGAGAUGAAUCACAACCAGAGCUAAAACAAGUGGUUUAAUGCUGGGAUUUGUUUGGUUGGCAAACCGAGGUGAAUGAAACAUCUGCACCUGCGGUUUGUCAAUGAUUCUGAUAACAGACGUUUACAAUAACUAUGAUGAAUGAUUUGAAAUAAACUAAAUAGACAAUAAACAAUAGACAUUAACGGAUAUGCUUUAUUUUUAUAGCAGUGUAAAAUAAAGUGCAUGACCCCUCAGUGACCUCAUCACUUGUGAUCUGUGUCAUGUGCGAUGUUAUGUGAUGCAGCACAAACAAGAUGUUUGUCUAAAAAAUACAAAGCAUAGACUAACUUGAACCGGUUGUAGUGGUGUCUUAAACAGAUUGUGUAAGCUCAGAAUCCGUCUAAUUUAUUCAUCAUUUAUUCACUCUAAUGUGGUUGUAAACCUGUAUGUGGCUCUUUCUUCAGUGGAACACGACAGAAGAUAUUUUGAGAAAUGUCUCAGUGGUUUUGUGUCCAUACGAUGGGGUUCAAUGUUGUUUGGUCACCAACGUUAUUUAAAAUAUCUUUUUGUGUUUGUUCUGCAGAAGAAAGAAAGUCAUACAGUUUAGAAUGACUCAUAAUUUUCAUUUUUGGGUUCGAGCCGGUUGAAAAUCUAUUAUAAUAUGUGUGAUAUGAGAUGCGGUUGAGUUGUUAUUUGAGUCGCAGUACAUGAAUUGAGCAGGGGCCGCUGUGUUUACUGCAAACUUGGAAAACGUGGAUGUGCAGAUAUUUCUUUAAUGUAAAAAAUCCAAGACCAAGUAAAUAUAUAUUAAAGAGACUUUUGUUUUAAUCAUUUUUGUUUUUAAAUCGCAGUGUAGUUUUGUUAUGUGACAUAAAAGAUUUUAUUUUACAAAGAAAUGCGCAGCAGUAAAGAAAUAAUAAAAGGGCAGUUGUUCACUU